GUAUCACGCGUCAAACAUAAAACGCGUUGUAUUUUUAACGGGUAAUUGUUUUGAUUGUUUGAGGGAAAUUGUUGGGUGUGGUGGUGAGGGAUCGACAUUUCCACUAAAAUCCAUCCCUAGUGAUGGAAUAAUGCUUGAUGACAUGGCGGAACUUGAUUGGAAGUUGUGAGUGAGUGAUGAUCACCGCUACCCUCUUAUGCACGUAUCAUAGAUAGACAUAGACGUUGACUUUCAGCAAUAGCGAUUUCUCUGUUGCCAAAUUGUUUUUAUAUAUGGACGUCUAUAAAUUCAGGUUCAAGCCCUGUGAUCUCCAUUCAUGAUCAUAUAUAACACCAUUGGUCAGUACGUGUUGAAAGAUAACUCAGAUCCUCACAGCCGAAAGGAUGAACCAUCCAGGUACAAGCUCUGGCCAUGCAAAUCCAGUCAAUCCCAUAGACCCUCCGCACAACCAUAGUAUCGUUCAGAUCCCUCAACAAUUACCACCAGCGCCACAACAACCAAACUCACCUCCUUUAGAUCUACUUCAAGGACCUAGAACAGAGUACGCCAAGGUUGGUGUUCCGCUUUAUGAAGCAGCAAUCAAAGGAGAUUGGAAUGCAGCGAAACUCAUUCUUGACGAAAACCUAGAUCUGGUACGUUAUGCUAUCACCGAAAACCAUGAAACACUGCUUCACGUGGCAGCGUCAACAGAAAGGACCAAAGCUGUGAAAGAAUUUGUGAUAAAUCUAGUAACUAUGAUGAAAAAAGAGGACUUGGAGUUACAAAACAAAAAUUUGAACACUGCCCUCACUCUAGCAGCUCAAGCAGGAAAUAUAGAAACAGCAAAGAUACUGGUGGAAAAGAAUCCAGCAUUGAUUGAAAUCAGUAAUAUCAGUGGAGUUACACCACUCUAUAUGGCUGCUUUGUUUUCAAAACCUGAUAUGGUGAAUUAUCUAUAUGGUGUCUCUAAAAAAAUGAAUGGCGAUUGUUGGACACCUAACAAUCGGGGCUGGGUCCUACAAAAAUGUGUUGAAGCUGAUAUCUUUGAUGUUGCUAUACAAAUAGUUAUUGAUCGCCCCGAACUGUGUGAUAACAAGCAGUUACUUACGCAUGUUCUUUUAGCUUUGGCUCAGAAGACUAAAGCAUUUGAAAGAAAAAAACUAAAUGUUUUCUUAAGUGGCAUCAAGUCAAUUUCUGCAUUGUUUCAUGUGAACUUAUGGCCCCGUGAAAAAGAUGGUGAAUUAGCCUUGCAAUUGCUAAAAUUAAUUUGUGAAAAGCUUUCCAAAAUGUCCAAGACUGAUAUUGAUGACAUAAUCCGAGGGCCGUCUAUAUGGGUUGAAAAGGAAUAUGAGAGCGAUACUAAAAAUAAAAUAAAGACGUACCCUUUUCGAGUACUUUUUCAUGCUACUAAAAUGGGCAACACACGUUUUAUAAUUGAGCUCAUUCGCAUAUAUCCUGAUGUGACAUGGAAAGUAGAUGACAAAGGGAAAACUAUAUUUCACUUAGCAAUCAAACGUCGUCAAGAAAAGAUCUACAGUCUGUUACAUGAGAUUGGUGCUAUGAAAGAUUUAAUAAUACGUAUUAAAGACAAAAAAGGCAAUUACAUGUUGCAUAUGGUCGCAAAGAGUGCUAAGCAUAUACGAUUUCAAAGUGUGUCCGGAGUUGCUUUACAAAUGCAAAGAGAGUUAUUAUGGUUCAAGGAGGUAGAGAAUACGAUCACACUUCAAUACAGUCAUAAGAAGAAUGCAGAUGGUGAAACACCACGAGACUGGUUCACGAAGAAACAUGUAGACUUGGUAACCAAAGGCGAGAUUUGGAUGAAAGAUACAGCAUCUCAAUGUAUGGUGGUUGCAACUCUCAUAGCCACCAUCGCAUUUGCAGCCGCCUUUACACUUCCGGGUGGAUACAACCAGAACACCGGUAUUCCUUUCUUCCGCACAGAGCCAGCCUUCAUUAUUUUUGUGAUCUCAGAUGCAGUUUCUUUAAUAUCCUCAUCAACAUCAGUCCUCAUAUUCUUAUCUAUCCUCACAUCACGUUAUGCUGAACAUGAUUUCUUGACAUCUUUACCCAAUAAAUUAUUGACCGGUCUUGCAACACUCUUUUUAUCUAUUCUAACCAUGAUGGUGGCAUUUAGUGCGAGUUUCUUUGUACUUUACAAUAAGCAGCUGCAGUGGGUGCCCAUUACUAUCACUGGUUUAGCUGGCAUGCCGGUCAUUAUAUUUGCCAUACUCCAAUUUCGUCUUCUAAGGGAUGUUUUCGUAUCGACAUAUCGAUCUAAAUAUCUCUUCAAGCCCAAGAAACGUGUCCUUUACUAUUAAAACCUUUGUGUGUUUCUUUUCUUCAAACGCUUAUGUACUAUAUCAACCACUUUUGUAUUAUUCAUCGUCCUAAAGGUUUUCUUUUGUAAAAUUGUAAUAAUUACUAUCAAAAUCAAUAAUUAUGUUUUGUUU